UUAUGUUUAUUGUUCAUUCAACAAUUUUGAUUUCAUAUAUUACGGUUUGUCAAUAUAGGUACCAGCUAAGUUCUAAGACAAUAUUAUUAAUUCACUUCACGGGUGGUGUUAAUUCAACUGACAUUUAAAAUAGUUAACACAUAUUAUUAUAAUUGAUUUUUGUUUCCAAGCUACGCAACAUAAUGCUAUAUAGUCACCCCUCUCAGAUAAAAAGUAUUGACCAAACAUAUAGAAAUAGAAAUCAUAAUACCUAACCGCGAAUUCUUUAUUCAUUGUAUAUUACAAUAUGGUUACAAUAUAAUUAUAAUUUGCUGUUUAAAAGUGAGUUAAAAUAUUUUUUAAAAACAUUAUCAAGGAUUAAUUUAUUAUAUUCGUACAGUAGCUCAUAUAAUAAUUUAAUGAUACUAAGUAUUGAAUAAUCCCAAGCAUUAUAAUGUCUUAUAAAUUGCCAAUGAUACCAGGAUUUCAAACUUGUAACAAAGAAAUUAAAAUGAGGUAUCCGAAGACCCCUGAUUUUGAUAUCAUGAGCGGUGUACAUAUUAUCAGAUCACUACACGUCAAAAAUGAAAAGAAAUGUAAUUCCGUCUUUAAUUCCACAACAGAUCUCGAAGAAGCCAAAAAGCCUACUUGGCUAGUAUUUGAUAAACAGAACCUAACAUUCGAUGCAUAUUUCAAAAGCACGGUGAAUGAAAGCUUUGGCUGUACCUAUAAUUUAAGAAAAUGCAAAAUAAUUUAUUUUCUUGAAGAUAAUACAAUUAAGGUAGUUGAACCCGUCGUUAUCAACAGUGGUUUACCACAAGGAUGUUUAAUAAAACGACAUAAAAUUCCGUUAUCAAAUAACAAUAACGACUACUAUCAACUACUAGACUUCAAUGUCGGAAUUACUGUGGAGUUUUAUGGGAAACAGUUUAAAAUAAUUGGCGUCGAUAGUUUCACAAGAGAUUUUUUGAAAAAAACAGGUGUUGAUGUACCCGAAAACAUGGCAAUGCCCGUUGACCCAUAUUUUACUGGAAGAGAAAAAACACCAAAAAAAAAACAACCAACGAGCAAAGUAAUGUCACCCGCCUAUAAACAAACUCAAGGAUUCGAAGGCAUUUUAAAUUUUAAAGGUUUUUGGGACGAUCGUUAUAAUGUUGAUGGUGACUUACAUAUUUUGGAAGUUCGUUACUUUUUGGCGGACGAUACAAUGCAGAUUGUUGAACAUAAUUCAGAUGGUGGUCUAAAGACAUUUCUUAAAAGACAAAAACUUCCAAAAGAUCGAAUUUAUGUAAAACCACCGGGUUUUAGUGAACAAAAUGAUUUAUUGAAUGUUUUGGCCAUAAAUUCGAUGAAUCAAUGGUAUGCUUUUGAUCCUUUAGGCAAUUUGAGUGAUGCUCAAGACUGUUAUUAUCAUUGGUCAAAUCUACAUGUGGGAGCUGAAAUUGACGUUUAUAGUCGAAAAAUAGUCUUGUCUAGUUGUGACGAGUAUACCAAGCAAUAUUAUUCAGAUUAUGGUUUGAAUAAUUUUCCUUCUGCAAUUGACUCUCCAAAAGUAAUAGAAGAGAAAGAAAGAUCGACUGUCCAAACCAUACCAGUGUGUCACGAUGAAAAUGUUUUGAAUAAACUACUUAGUCAUUCAACAAUGGAAGCCUUAGUUUUUAAAGCAAAAAUUCUACCUAAGGAACCGAACAAUCUCAAUCGAGAAUUUAUCGUAAAAUGUUUUCUAAGCGAUCAAAGUUUUUCUGUUUCCGAAAUGAAUAUACAAACAGCUGGUGCAAUAGGUUGUAGAUUUUUUUCAAAACGAAAAAUUCCAAAAGAAAGUCCAAACGAAUUUAAUGUAAUAUUUAAACUAUACGUUGGUGUCAAAUUGAUUAUAGAUGGUUUCCAAUUUGUAUUUGUUGAUGUAGAGGAUAGGACGUUAAGGUUUAUGAUGGAUCAUCCAAAAGAAUUUCCACAUAGUGACGUUCAUUACGUAAUGAAUCAAAUAUCAAAAAUAAUAAAAACUGAUAUAGAUACGUUAAAAACAAAAUAUUUCCAAAACAGAAAUGAAAUCGAAAGAAAUGAAUUUAUCGAAAUAAUGCUGAAUAAGUUUCCAAAUUUUAGUCGCCAUGGCAUGUUUGUUUUGGCAUUACAGUACAAAAAGCACGGAAUGUACAAAGAAGUAUCUGACAAUUUAUUCAGAAGCAUUUUGCAGGAUGAGUUGAAGCGAGAAUUGUUUGUAGGUUUCGACGGACUUGAAAUUAAUUUCAAACAAAGAAAUUUGGAUAAGAGGGACGGAUAUCUUGAACGCAGUAGUGCAUUCAAAGCUUUAAAAAGUGCAAAACUACCAUUUUCCACUGAAAUUAUAAAUAUGUUAUUAGAGAGAUUUGUUCAUCACGAGACAAAUAAAGUGGAUUACGUGGACUUGCUGGAGUAUUUAAAUUAUACCAUAAACCCUACUCCCGGAGCACAAGGUUUAUCGAAGGACAUACUAUUAUACAGGAAACCAAAUGAAGCGUUUAUCAGAGUCGGCGAGUUCGUCAACGAUUUACGGAAAUUAUUAUAAUAAUAUUAAUAACACUAUAGUACCAACGUUACACGGGUCCCCCCCACUCAACGCUGAUAUUGGUUUCCAAUAUUGUUGCAAGAUCCGGCGAACUGAUGACGCGUCAAACUGGUUUGUUUGGUAACCACUCAACAUGUGUUGUUGCUGCGACAUAUUGCAUUCAAGGGCGUUACGGGACGUAUUGUGUAUUUGUGUGCCGUGCGAGUAGUGACUAGUGAGUAGUUCAUCUGAAGCCUUCCGAUGAGUCGGCGUCGUUUUAAAAUCUUAUAGUGUUAGAACCGUUUGACGUUGAUCGCAACGCUUUUCACGUGAAUCAUAUUUUUAGUGUGUGUAUUUUUGAAAUUGUAUUUUACUUAAACA